GGGGGAGGCCGGGAGAGGGCAGUGGAAAUUGACAUCUUCGUUCUCAACAAGCCGUGAGUAAACUGAGGAUUUCCCGGCUGAAAGGACUCAGUGUCUGCCUGUCCCCGGCCCAGAAAUGAAAGAGAGUUUCAGCCGAUCCUCAUUGUGGGGCCUGCUGAAAAAGCAGCCCGGGUCGCCCCGGCCAGCCCCGGCCAGCCCCGGAGUCCUGAAUCGGAGCCCUGUGCGCGCCAGGCCGGGCCGCGCGCCCGGGUUGCAGGAUGGCGUGCCCAGGCCAGCCCAUCUGCGGCCGCGGGCCGGCGGGGAGGAAGCGUCCCUGGAUGAAUGGGGCUUUGUUCGUAGGCAGCCGCGGCUACCCUCUGCAGGCACGCCCCGCACAACAGAAGCUGUAUGCGAGAGGAAUGGAAAUGAGCCUCAGGCCCUGCCGAAGGAGCCCCAUCCCCUUCCCUGCGCGGGGCUGAGGAAUGCUGGCCAGCCGGAAAGGAACCCUCGCUGGGAACGCCGCUCUCGCGCCUCUGAAACCCCAUUGAGAAGAACCCUUUGAUGCAAUUAAAGCACAUUUCAUUGCAGGCCUGGGAGGAGGGAACGACCGGCAAGCUUUUUUCUGUCUCGGACGUGUGUGUGCACCUUUGUGGGCUGGGUUACUUAGAGACCAGGCGGGAACUUGAGCUCCCUCUCUCGCAGACGUUCUGUAACAUCAGAAAAGCGUACCCAUAAACAGAUUGGUUUUCACCAGGGGUGGAACCCAAUUUGGACACGAUCCGGGCUGACCUGCAGGCCGGGGUUCCUACUUUGAAAGGCUCUUUGGUGCGCCUUACACCCACCUUCCCUGCUGUAAAGGUUUAGGCGGAAAAGAAAUUGCGUUUGCAGGAGGAAGUUGUUUCUGAGGUUACUGCUCAGCGUUUUCCAUUUUCUCAGUGGUGGGGUGGGCCGUGUCGCAUAUCCAGAAGUGAUGUCACAGCCAGACCUGCAAAAUGAUGUAACCUGCAAGUGUUGAAGGACGACGAUGGGACAGCUAUUUUGAUACUCGUAUUAUUUUAUAACAUUUCCCUACUUUUUCCACUGAGACAACUGUGGGACCUCAGAAAAUCCACAUAGCCUCUCUGAACUUAGUAUUUUUUGUAUGUUAAAAUGAAUAUCACAAAGCCAGAGAACGAAUGUGAUGAAGUUCUGGUGCUUGUGGAAUUCUUUCUAAGUUGGAGGUGGACACUUUAUAUACGUGCACAGGUGGAAGAUAUGUGGGUAAACAAAAAGAUCCUAUUGGGACCUCUA